ACGACAGCCCUGGCUCACAGUCGACCUCACACCACCAAUCUCAGCCCUAAUUACCAUCUGCUCGCGGGCCCGCCACCCCAGCUCGACGCGCUUUUACUCCCAUAUUCGAUAUCGUUGUCGCGUCCAAUCUCGCUGCGCUUCCGAGUUUACCAGCUGGAGGGACCUCCAGCAGCGCGUUCACGCUGGCUUUCCGACGACAGACGCGCUCCGACCGGGAGCUGGGCCGGUCGGCGAUGGGCUCCAGCGUACGCGCCGGCAGCUCCGCGAUGAGCCGACCCAGCAUCAGGCCCGGCGGCAUCAGGUCAUCGUCCGUCCGACACGCGUCGUCGACGCUGGGUGUGCCCCGAGGCAGCGCCACCGCCGCCGACCGCUCCGGCGCUGUGUCGCCCGCGGAUACCAUCUCGACCUCAUCGGGCAUGAAGCGCAAGGAGCGAGACUUCGACUCGGAGGCCGGGGGCGAGGAGACCAACAUCAACGUCGUCGUGCGCUGCAGAGGGCGCAACAGCCGCGAGGUCAAGGAGAGCAGCACCGUCGUCGUCAGCACGGACGCGGUCAAGGGCAAGCAGGUCGGGCUGUCCAUGGGCGCCAACGCGCUCAGCAACAAGACGUACAGCUUCGAUCGCGUCUUUUCCCAGGCGGCGGACCAGAACAUGAUCUUCGACGACACCGUCAAGCCUAUUCUGGAAGAGAUGCUCGCCGGGUAUAACUGUACCAUCUUUGCGUACGGCCAGACCGGCACCGGAAAGACGUAUACCAUGUCGGGCGACAUGACGGAAACACUGGGCAUGCUUUCCGACGAAGCCGGCAUCAUCCCACGCGUACUUCAGCAGCUCUUCCAGAAGCUCGAAAUCGACGACUCGGAAAAUUGCGUCAAGUGCUCCUUCAUCGAACUCUACAACGAAGAAUUGCGCGAUUUGUUGUCUGUCGAGGAGAGCGCCAAGCUGAAGAUCUUCGACGAUGUGUCACGCAAAGGACAUGCCGGCACCAUCAUCCAGGGAAUGGAGGAGAAGCACAUUACGAACGCCUCCGAGGGUAUCAAGGUGCUUCAGGAUGGCAGCUUGAAACGCCAGGUUGCGGCGACAAAGUGUAACGACCUCAGCUCUCGAAGCCAUACAGUCUUCACCAUCACCGUCUAUAUCAAGAAGCCAAACGAGAACGGCGGCGAAGACUUUGUUAGCGCGGGCAAGCUUAACCUUGUCGACUUGGCUGGCAGCGAAAACAUUCAGCGAUCCGGCGCUGAGAAUAAGCGCGCCGCGGAGGCUGGGCUCAUCAACAAGUCCCUUCUGACCCUCGGCCGCGUCAUCAACGCGCUCGUCGACCGGAGCUCGCAUAUUCCCUACCGAGAGUCGAAGUUGACCCGCCUGCUCCAGGACUCGCUCGGUGGCCGGACAAAGACGUGUAUCAUCGCGACAAUAUCACCUGCUAAGAGCAACCUCGAGGAGACGAUAUCAACACUCGACUAUGCCUUCCGCGCCAAGAACAUCAAGAAUAAGCCCCAAAUGAAUCCGUUGCUCAACAAAAAGAUGCUUUUAAUGGAGUUUGCGAGCGAAAUUGAGAAACUCAAGAGCGAGCUUAUCUCAACGAGGCAGCGCAACGGGGUGUACCUAUCCAACGAGACCUUUGAGGAAAUGACGGCCCAGAGCGAAUCACGGCGAAUAGUCGUCGAGGAGCAGACGGCCAAGAUCGAAACUCUGGAGACGAAUCUACGCAACAAGGGCCACGAGCUGCUCUCCCUUACUACCUCGUUUAUGGGACUGAAGAAGGAUCACGAAGGGACCAAGGCCCAGCUCAACGACACCAACGGCGUGCUGGAACAGACCGAGAUUAUCCUUUCGGCGACGCGUAAAACCCUGGCUGAGGAAACGCGGCGGCGGAAGGCCCACCAGGAGACGGAAGGCAAACUCACCGAGAUCGGCGGGGAGCUUAUCAGCAAGCUCAACAAGACUGUGAAUGACGUCGGCGGUCUUCAUGCGAAGAACAGACGAAAAUCAGACCUACAGUCGCUAAAUCGCGUCACCUGGGGGACUUCACAGAGUCAGGUCGCCGAUGUCACGUCCAUGGUCGAGCGGCGGGUACAAGAGUUUCAAGACGAGCAGCUCGAGCACAUUUCCAGCGUCCGGAAUCGGAUGCAAGAUUUUGUUGAAGAGGAGUUGCAAAAGCUGACUACCACGCAAUCGUUUUUGGACAAGCAUCUCAACGAGUUUGUUGAGUCCAAGAAAGACAUGCUGGAGAGAAAACAGGCAUCCAAAGUCGACAUGGACGGGGUGCUGGAGGAGAUCAAGGAGAUUCGCGACAACGUCAAGGAGAAGACGGGGGAGAGCCUGCACGCCAUCUCCAACGCAGCUGAGAAGAUCUCGGCAGAUGUUUUGCAAGAGAUGACCAACUUUCACAGCACGUUGCACACCUCCUAUAGUACCCUCGGCAAGGACUUCAAGACGCUGUUCGAAGAUCUUGUCAGACACAUCACCGCACAGCGCAGCGAGACGGAUAACCUCCGACGCCAGCUGCAAACCGCCCUGAACACCAUUGUUCUCCAAAAUACCAGCAUCUCUACUCGAAUACAAGAGACCUUGGAGGAGGAACGGCGCCAAGCAGCUGAGGACCGCCAAAGGCUGAUGACGCAGAUUACGGUUCUGAUCAACGCUCAGGCAGAGUCGCAAGAGGCGCGCAUGGCCGACAAAGCAUCCCAAAUCCAAAAGACUGUAUCCGAGUCCUCGACAUCGCUCGAGGCAGCAUCCGCACAAUACGGAGAAGGCAUAGACUCUUGGGAUGAGAAGGAGGGCGAGUUGCUGGACGAGGUUAAGAAGAUGCGAGACCAGCUCAAGACCAGACUCAAGGACGAUUGGACCACCACAAGCGAGCAGAGCAUGGCUAUCCAGAACUCUGUUCGCUCUGUGCAUGCCGAGACGGUCCGCGUCGUGGACGAGCAGGUCGAGCACCUCGACACGCAAAUGGAGGCGCUCGACGACUUUGUCACGCGAGCACGGUCCGAGAACGCCAGCCAUCACGAAGCACACGGGCAAUCAGUCCAGGCGCUGUCAAACACCGUCGAGCAAUCGUUUGGUAACAUCGCGGCGCACUUCAAGACGACUUUUGACCGUGUCAAGAAUUUGGGCGAGGAAAUGGAACUGGACACAAACGACCUCGAGGACGGGCUGGAGCCGCUCGAGACGCAGCUCUGCCAGCCUUUGGCUAACCUGCGCGAAGGCAUUACCUCCACGUCACUCCACGAGUACCAGCCCACCGGCGAGACCCCUCAAAAGGUGCUAUACACCUACCCGAAGACCCUGCCGCGAACAGAAUCACCCGAUGCCGGUCUCUCGCACUUUGAGGAGCCUUUGGACUUGAUGGAGGAGCAUGGAGAGAACGACGAGGGCCACGACAGCAUUCUCUUCCCGGAACUGGACCCCAACCGAAAGAUGAGCUCGCCGCUGUCGCAGCGACGCCCAUCCAACGCUAGCAGCUUGGACAAGAACCCGCUGAGUAUGAGUUUGCGCGAGGUGAAUCCCAAUGUAACGACGAAUCUAACCACGGGCGCGAUUGGAUUCGACCCUAGCAUGAGCACCAUGUCCCUGCAGUCAGACCACACCAUGCCCAUUCUCAAGAGGAGCACACGACCUGGGAGGGGGAGGAGGGCGUCCAUGAUUGUCGAGGGGAGAGAGAAUCUCCCGCUGACAACGGAGGUGUUUGCGCAGGGCAUGUCGAGGAGGAAGAGCCCGAGGCUUAAUUAAUUGACAUGGUGCAGAGGUUGGAAUUGCUCGCACGCGCUGGUGUUGGGCUGACACAGGCUUUUGCCGGCGUUUAUCGGUGGUCAUGGAUGGCAUGGGUUCCGGGGCUUAGAGGCUGGGCGUCUUUUCUCUUCAUGAGCGGGAGCCGGAGGUUGUUGGGAUUAUAUUGCAGGGUUAUUGAGCACUUGUGAUACCCUUGAGCAUUGUUGAAGAUGUGUACAGUUUUCGUCGUUGGCGUUGGAGAAUCAACCACUGGGCUGGCAAGCCGAAAUCUACUUUGUACAAGCUUGCUAUGAUGGAACAACUACCACGCCUGUGUGUCACCUUCCUAUGAUGUAUGGAAAUCCGUCAAGACGACUCAUCG